CAGCUCGACUGGCACUUCACGCACCUACACUGGACGCCGUGAACUUGCCGUCUCGGCGUCCCCUCUCGCUAUCGCGAUCCCGCAGCCACCACAAAAUCCGCAACUGCGUCGCAUAACCACCGCAUCUGCCUAUCCUUUGGCUUCGCUUGAGGCUCGCAGCCUGAAGCUCCCAUCAUGUCGAACCAGUCAAUCCUUCGAAUUACCCGCGAACUCCACGAGAUCCAGAGUGGCUCUGACCUCUCGCUUGCAGUAGCUUGGCGCGACGUUGACGUACGCCAUGUUCGUGCUCUCAUCGUUGGCCCCCCAGACACGCCCUACGAGUUCGGCUUCUUCGAAUUCACCGUCAAGUUCGGUAGAGAGUACCCCACCAAGGCACCGAGCGUGCUAGCGAUCACCACAAAUGGCGGACGGACACGCUUCAACCCGAACAUAUACGCUGCCGGCAAGGUGUGCCUGUCGAUCCUAGGCACAUGGCGCGGCGAGCGAGGAGAGGAGUGGUCCUCUGCCCAAGGGCUCGAAUCGAUCCUUAUCUCCAUACAGAGCUUAAUGUCCGGCAACCCCUACGAGAACGAGCCUGGCUUCGAGGACGCGAACUCAGACUACGACAAGAAGAACCAGGAAGCGUACAUCGACAAGAUCCGACACGAGACGCUGUGCAUAUCGGUCAUCGAGCGAUUGGAGGAGUACUUGAACAUCAACCGAGAGAGGCCCGGCGCGACUGUCUACAAUGCAGAGGAAGAGUACCAGUCUGGCCGGGAGGAUGCUCCUUUCGAGCCGUUCAAGGACUUGUGCAAGCGUCGUUUCCUCUGGUAUUACCGCUCGUACCUGGCAACAAUCGAUGAAGCAGCCAAGAAGCACAAGGAUGGCGAUCGCUUUGAGAAAAUGCCAUUCGAGGGCCCAGGCAACACCAUGGAAGGUACCUACCAGUACACGGCGCUCAGGGAGCGGCUCAACAAGAUCUUUGUGGCGUUGAACCAAGAGACAGAAGGCUGGGCCUCAGAAGGCUUGCUAGCUGUUCAGAAGGAGACGAGCAUUGCUAGUAACCUGCAGCGCCAGUUCGAGCAGAUCGUGGAGAAGUACAAGAAGAACGACUCGGUCACGCUCGACCUGGAUCUGGUCGACAAGAACCCGUUCGUCUGGCAGCUUGUUCUCUUCGGUCGACCCAUGACGAACCUGGAUGGUGGCAUGUUCAGGAUCAUGCUAUACAUCAAUCCAACUAGGUGGCCAGACGUACUGCCUCGUGUGCGCUUCGAAACUCCAAUCUUCCACCACCGCGUCUCUCCUGAUGGCGUCCUGUGCUAUGACGCGGCGAACAAGCAAGACAUGCGCUCCCACAUCGAGGCCAUCAUUGGGGCCAUUGAGGAGGAGUCACCAGCCUACGACCCACGAACGCUUGUCAACCCGGAAGCUGCCAAACUCUUCUGGGGUGCGCCUGAAGAGAAGAAGCUGUACAACCGCCGUCUGCGGCGUUCAGUUCAGGAUAGUGCCGAGAACUGCUUUUAGUACAAGAGCUCACGGGCAGGCGGAGUUGGUGCUCUGAGGAUAUAAAGAGGAUAAAGCUCUUCGAGGUUUGAUGAUGAUACGGCCGAUCACAAGGAAGAUUGAUUAUACAGUACAUUGAUACCCACGCCAGAUCUCUUCGGGGUCUCGCGGCUUGCAUACUCGGCGCUCAUGAUGGGAACGGCGCAUAGCAUAGUCGAACACCAUAGCAUGGACGUUGGUCAUUGCCAU